CAACAAAGUACUGUAUCAAAAUUAGCUGGCAAGAACAACAUAGAUAUAACAGUUGUUAAAAGGAAAGAGAACAUAUACAUCUCUUUCUAUUUCUGUGUUUCUCUCAAAGAUCAAAUUUUUCUUUAGUUUUUGUUAAAACUUUCUUCCAAGAACUAAUCUUUUUGGCAUAUUGAUUGUUUUUAGAUCAGGAAAAAAAAGAGAGCUCAUAAUUACAACAAUGGAGUUGAAACAUUGUUUUUCUUGUAUUUUUUUACUCUUUUCUUUCUCCAUUUUAGCUGGUGUUUCAGCUUCAGCUUCAUUAUCAGAUGGGAUUUUUGUUAAUGAAGCUUCAACUGGGAGGAAUUUACUUCAGGCCAAGAAAUCUUGCCCUAUUAGCUUCGAGUUUCAGAACUACACUAUCGUCACUAGCCAAUGCAGAGGACCUCAAUUCCCAGCCAAACAAUGUUGUGCAGCCUUUGUGGAAUUUGCCUGUCCUUUUUCAGACUAUUUAAAUGAUUUGUCAAAUGAUUGCGCCUCUACCAUGUUCAGCUACAUUAAUCUCCACGGGAAGUACCCACCUGGUCUUUUCGCCAGUGAGUGCAAAGGUGAUAAACUUGGGCUAGGAUGUCCUGGAUUAGCACCAUCAGCAUCUGCUGAUGCUAAUAAUAGUCACAUGAGCUGUAGACUAUCGCCAAUGCUGAUGAUUGCAACAGCUUUUAUGGGCUUGUUAUUGUUGCUUCUCUGAAGAUCACUAAAGGUUUUGGUGUAGUUUCUGUAUUCUUUUCUUUGUCAAAUAUUGUUUGAACUUUGGGUUUUCUUCUACCACGUGCCACGGUUCCACUGAUUAACGAUCAACAAGAAAUUCAUUUAAGACUCCUCUUGUAAUUCUUGAUAUGUAACAGCAGCAGUUAUUGCUGAUACUUGUGUAUUGUAAAUGACUCCUUGGUAAUCCGAGGAUCUGUUAAAGAUUCUUUUAUAUGACGGUAUUUUCAGUA